UUUGCUGACCCACUAACUAGUAAACCUAAAGAUUAUAAAUAAAAUCAGUUUCUGAAUAGUUUGUACCUGUUUGAUAUGUACAGACAGAGUACGAUGCCACCGGGAAAGCGAAAGAAAACCGUUGAAAUUGAGCUGCCCUGCGGCUGGGACGGCUGCCUAACGAUCUGCCGCGGUGAAUGGGAUCUUAAUAGUCAUAUAACCAAUCAUUUGAUCAAUUUGACUGCAAAUGGCGAUGGCGGCAACUACAUUUGCUCAUGGUCGGAGUGCGAUUUCCGAACAACAAAUCUGGAGGAGUUCGAGAGGCAUGCAUACUACCAUGGCUACUACAGCCAUUUGCUUAUCCAGGGCAAACUGGAGUGUGAUCUUCACCCAGAGAUACCCGCAUGCUGUGCCCCCGGACGUUUGGGUAACAAGCUGCCGGAUCUAAUGCAAAAUUUUUUAUGCGGCUGGACAGACUGCCAGAGGCAAUUCGUCUCCAUUGUAGAGUUCCAGGAUCAUAUUGUGCAACACGCCUCGUUCGAGUAUGAGAUACAAAAGUCCCCGGACGAUGAGCGUCCCAAAAUCCAAUGCAAUUGGCAGCUCUGUAACAAGCAACUGGAGAACAAAUAUCGGCUCAUUGAGCACAUUAGUACCCACUCAAACAAGAAGCAGGUGGCCUGUCAUCAUUGCGGUGAGCUAUUCCGCACCAAGACCACACUUUUUGAUCAUUUGCGUCGCCAGCCGGAUAAUAAUACCCAUAAAUAUCAAUGCGCACAGUGUUUCAAAUUCUUUGCAACGGAGAAGUUGCUACGCAGUCAUGCUGUCCGUCAUGUGAAUUGCUUUAAGUGCACCAUGUGCGAUAUGACAUGCAGCACGGCUGGUUCCCUUACCACCCACAUCCGUUAUCGCCAUCUAAAGGAUAAGCCAUUCAAAUGUAGCGAAUGCGAUACUCGAUGUGUCCGCGAAUCGGAUCUGGUCAAGCAUAAGCAGAUUGUACACUGUAAGAAGCAGCAGUGCGAUCAGCCGGGAUGUCAGUACUCGGUGCGAACUCACACAGGGAUGCGUAGACAUUUUUUAGAGGUUCAUGGCAACAAUCCAAUAUUUUAUGCUUGCCAUUGCUGUGAGCGUUAUUUCAAGUCUGGAAAAUCGCUAUCCGUACAUCUGAUCAAGAAGCAUGGCUUCCGUUUGCCAUCGGGACAUAAGCGCUUCACCUAUAAUGUGGAUGAGAAUGGCUUCUAUCGUUUGGAGACCACUCGAAUAGAGAGUCUUGAGGUUACACAGCAGAUACUUUCAAUGCAAUCGGAGGCCAGGGAGGACGAAGAUGAGGAUGAUAAGCCCAAAACGACUGGAAGCUGCUAUGAAAUUGUUAAUCCAAUAAAUGCCGAAUAUGAACGAAUCAUUGUGUCGAGUGACCCAAAUGAGGCUGAAUUCAUUGGUGAGGUUAUCAUCUCGCUGCCCACUCUCUAAGCCGAUUUAGAGUGAAGGAAUGAGAACGCUUGAAGGAGGAGUAGAAUAAUUUAUCGCACUAAAAAAACAAACUCUCAUCAUUUGCUAAGAUAAAGGCUGUUCCUAAUCUCUAGAAUUAGGUUUCCAUUUGCAUCCCUUCUGCUCCUCUCUAUCUUUGUCGCUCUGUCCCUCUCAUUCUCUAUUGUGUACUCUUAAAAUAGUUACUUAAUCUAAACAUUUACAUAGAUAUUAAUUUGCAAGUGCCAUACGUUCAUGCGGCGGGUUCAUUAUUUUUAUAAUGUAAUUUUAAGCACAAAAGUUUUUUCGUCAAUUUUAAACAUUUAAUAACUUACUUAAAGGGCAUCAGUUUUAUUGGUAUCCUAGAUUAAACAUAUAUUUAGCCAUCCCCACCGCCCAUUCUCCCCUGGCAUCUAUGUAUGCUAUAUCUAGCUUUAUUUUAAUAUAAGAAUUUGCAUUUGCCUUUAUUGGUGAUCCUCCUGUCUGUCCUGGCCCGCUCAUAUAACCGGACAACCACUUUUCAUUUGUGUAUGUGUUAGUGAGUAGACAACUAAGUAGACCUAAGACACCAGUAUUUUUUUGUCCCCAAAAAUAAUCCAAAUACAUCACGAAAUAAAUUAUCAAUACGUACAUAUAUCUCAACCCGAAAA